AUGUUGUCCAGUGUUGUUAAUGCCGCCCGGCGUUGUCCAGUUGUUGCAUUUCGUUUCCUGUAAGAAUUAUAACAGGAAAGGAGAAGAUAAAUGUAAGGAAAACCGAAGAGACGAGUGAAUAAAAUAAUUAGAAACUAACUACUGAAAGAUGAGUGAUCAGGAUCCAACGAGUAUCAUUAAUAUGAUAAAAGAUUUACGUUCUGGAGCUGAAUCUUACCGUAGAAGUGCCGGAGUACCAGUGCGCUACUCGGGAACUGGUUACAUAUCGAAAUUCAAUGAUAGUUCAGACGACGGUAUUACCUCACCCAAACGGCCAAGAAUAGAUGAAUCCGAUACAUCUAUAAGCAAUAAGACUCAAUCCGACUCUGUUCCGGGUAGUCCUUGGGAAUGGCGACGUAUGAAAGGAGAGGUUAUAUCAUUAAAGAACAGGCUGACGCAUCAAGAGGCAGCUGUGCAACAGCUACACAAUAUACGCAGACAGAUGGAAGAAAUCUUCGAGAAGGAGAAAGGUCUCUUGCAAAUUCAGGCGGAGCAGGAUAAGCAAACUAUUCAACAGCUGGAAGUCCGACUUGAUGUUGCACGCCGGACAAUCCAGGAUGUGAAAGAGACACAUGAUACUGUGGAGAAAGAGUGGUCCCAAGUAAGAAACAAUUUAGAAAGGAAAAUAGCAUCGUUAUUAAACGAAAAUGCAAAAUUAUCCGAGGAUUUAAGAAGUGCUUCUGUGAACGAAAAGUCACCUCCUCCUAAGGAUAUCAACGAGUCAAGUGAAUUGCAAAUGAAACUGGAAACUGCAGAAGCUAGAGCAGCAAUGCUGGAGGAGAGGGUGAAGGACUAUCAUAAGGUGCAACAGGACUAUGAAUUGCAGAACGUGGAACUACAGAAUAUGAAAAUGAAGGUAGAAAAGCUCGAGUCGGAGAGAGCUCUGUGGGAAGAGGGUAAGCUAAUGGCAGGAAGAGCCGCGAGAGCGAACGACCUCGAGAAAGAAUUGAAUGCGGCGAAAAAGACAAUUUUAGUGCUAAAGGAGUCGGUUAAGGAGAAAUUACUUUUAGAAGAACAAAUGGCCAACAUGACGAAAAGGCUAGAGCAUACUGAAAAAGUCGAGUACCAAGUGGCAGUGUUAGAGGCAAAGCGAUCUGAGCUUGCGCUUCGCUUACAGGAGUAUGAAAUGAUUGGCAUUACUGGCGGACCGGCGGCAAUGAAGCGAGAGCUGAACAGACUUCAGCAAGCUGAGGUGGACCUAAGAGCGGAGGAGGGCCAGCUCAGAUCAAAAUUGGACGCAGUUCUGCGAGAAUCGCAGAACCUGUCCAAGAGCUACGAGGAUGCAAAGAAGCUGGCUGCUGAUGUGACGUUGUCGAAAGAGAAACUGAGCAAGCUCGUGAACAGACUCCAGAAGAAGAUGAUCCUUGUUACCAGAGAGAGGGAUAGUUACAGGCAGCAAUUAGAUUUAUACGAGAAGGAGAUAACGGUGGACGGCAACAAUGCGAUGAUUGAAAGAAUACCGGCUUUGGAGCGCGUUAUAGACGGAUAUAGGGACUUAGUCAGCAAAUUGGAGGCAGAUCUUCAAGCGGUUGAAACCGGCACUCAGAAGAAUGAAUGCAAUAAAUUGAGGGCAGAGAUUGAGCAAUUGAGAGGCGAGCUUGAACAUCGCGCGUUGAAGGGCGACUUCAACUGCAACGCCCGAGUUUUGCACUUCACGAUGAAUCCCGCAGCGGUAGCGGAGAAGCAAGCCGAGGAAAAACAAGCGGCUCUGUUACGAGAAGUGGAGGAGCUUCGUGCCAAGGUGGCGUCGGGAAAUUAUGGCGCGACCGUUUCAUCGUUGCAGAUGCAAGAAAUCGCGGAGCUGAAGCAAACGCAUGAAAUAAAGAUAGCGCGUUUGAAGGAGGCUUUCAAGGCAUCCUCGCAGGAGUACCGCCAGGCGUGCUACCAGCUGUUUGGUUGGAGAGUAGACCGAACCAAAGAAGGCUGUUACAAGCUAUCGAGUCAAUACGCAGAGUCACCAGAUGAUUUCCUAUUUUUCCACGUAGGUGAAGAGGGUGUAGAUAUGUUGGAGACCGAAUUUUCUGCGAAUCUGGGAAGUUUGAUCGAGCAAUACUUGCAAAGACAGCAUAGUGUCCCCAUGUUUCUUAAUGCCGUACAAUCUGAUUUAUUCAGUCAGCAAACAGUAACAAAUGUCAUGACAUAA